GAAAUAAUUUAGUUGAAUCUUUGCCUGUUAGCAUUCGCAUCAGUUAAUGAAUUAGCAUCUGAUCUCCAUCUUCGUCCGUUUUCACUUCUCAAACUGCGUCGUUGAACACGUUGUUAUAUUUAUUUAUUAAAUAUAUGAAAUAACACGUGUCUUAAAUAACAGUAACAGUUUAAUUUUAUUAAGUAAUUAAUAAUAGAAUAAAUAAUUGAAAUGGAGGUUGAAAAAAGUAAUAACGAGGAAAAAAUAACUGAAGAAAAGAAAACGCCGGUAGACGAACACGUUGACGAUAACAAAAAACCUGCCGAAGUUGAUGACAAAAAAAAUACUGAUAAUGGUGAUAAAAAUGAAGAAAGUAAAGAUGAUGAUAAGAAACCUGUCGAUGCAUCACCAGAAUUGUUGGAAAAAAUUAAAAAUCAGAUAGAGUUUUACUUCGGAGACGUUAAUUUACAACGUGACAAGUUUUUAACUGAACAAACAAAACUUGACGAAGGAUGGAUUCCAAUGGCGAUCAUGUUGCAAUUCAAAUUGUUGAGCGCAAUGAGUAAUGAUGUCGAGACAAUUUUAAAAGCCGUUGAAUCAAGUGAUUUAAUGGAAAUUUCGGAAAAUAGGAGAAAAAUUCGUCGUCGGUUAGAUAAACCAUUGCCGCUUUACAAUGAGGAGUACAGACGAUCACAACAGGCCAGAACUGUUUAUUUAAAACCAUUCCCAUUAAAUCUUCAACUUGUUGAGUUGAAAGAGUUUGUCAAAGACUUUGGAUCCGUGGAAAAUAUUAUUAUGAGAAAAUACAAAGAUGAAAAUAAAAAACUACAGUUCAAAGGUUCAAUAUUUGUACAGUUUAAAAAUCUUGAAGACGCUAAAGCUCUCGUAGCAAAGGAAUCAGUAAAAUAUAACGAUACCGAGCUCAUCAAAAUGUUCAGCGAAGAUUACACGCUGCUUAAAGCCAAAGAACGUCAAGAAAAAAAGGAAAAGAGUGAUACUAAAUCAAAGAAAAGUAGUCAGCAGGAAGAAGAAAAAGAGGAAAAGGAAGAAGACUCCGAUAAAACUGAGUUACCUACAGGUGCUGUUUUACAUUUGACUAUUGAAAACCAUCAAGAUUUAUUAUGGGAAGAUAUUAAGCAUACGUUUGUGCAGUUCGACGCAAAAAUAAUGUUUGUUGAUUACAAAAAUGGUUCACCAACCGGCUGGAUCCGGUUCCAAGGAAAAGAUUCAGCGCAACCAGUUCUUGAUAAAAUGACUGACAACAAAUUAAAAAUCAAAAAUUCCGAAGUAACAUUCCGACUUUUGGAAGGCGAGGAAGAAGAAGAAUAUUUGCAAAAAGUUAAAAAAGAAUUGAUUAUUAACAGAAAACCAAAAUCAAAAAAGAAUCGUAAUAAGAAAGGAUUCAAAGGUAAAGGUAAGAAGAGAGGCGGUAGUCCAGUACAAGAAGAUGCAUCUGCAAAGAAAGUGGCUAAAUAAUGUUUCAAAUCACUAUUUACAGAGCAACUAUAUACAUUAUUCUCUUAUUACCUCAUAAUGUAUAAUUGUUAUGAUUAUAAUUUAAAAAAAAGUUAUAAUAACAGCAUUUAUAAAAUAUUUUUAAAUCUAUCUAAUUAUAACUUUGUCUCUUUGAUGAUUAAAAUACAUAAAUAAUUUAUAAAUUUA